UCUUUCCAUUCAUUCAAUCAUGAGUUUCGCUUUUUCGUGUUGUGAAUUUCUGAUUUUCCUGUUGUGAUUAAUCAAUUUGUGACUGACUCGCGUUGAAUAAGCAGUGUUUUGUGUUUAUUAUUAUUAUAAGUUUUCAAUAAUCUUGAUAUUUCUGUUAAGUAUUAAAUUGAUAUCACCAUGCAGAUUUUCGUAAAAACCUUGACGGGUAAAACUAUUACGCUUGAAGUCGAGCCAUCCGACACCAUUGAAAAUGUUAAAGCUAAAAUUCAAGAUAAAGAAGGCAUUCCUCCAGAUCAGCAACGAUUGAUCUUCGCAGGAAAGCAGUUGGAAGACGGCCGCACACUGUCUGACUACAACAUUCAAAAAGAAUCCACCCUCCAUCUUGUUCUGCGUCUCCGUGGCGGUAUGCAGAUUUUCGUGAAAACUCUCACUGGUAAGACGAUUACCCUUGAAGUUGAGCCUUCAGACACUAUCGAGAAUGUUAAGGCUAAAAUCCAAGACAAAGAAGGUAUUCCCCCAGAUCAGCAGCGAUUGAUCUUCGCUGGUAAACAAUUAGAGGAUGGUCGCACCCUCUCAGAUUAUAACAUUCAGAAAGAAUCGACCCUUCACCUUGUAUUGCGACUCCGAGGUGGUAUGCAGAUAUUUGUCAAGACUCUUACUGGCAAAACCAUCACUCUCGAAGUUGAACCUUCUGACACAAUUGAAAAUGUAAAGGCCAAGAUCCAAGACAAAGAAGGCAUUCCUCCAGACCAGCAGCGUCUUAUCUUUGCCGGCAAGCAGUUGGAAGAUGGACGCACUCUUUCUGACUACAACAUCCAGAAAGAAUCCACACUACAUCUUGUGCUCCGUUUGCGAGGUGGUAUGCAGAUAUUUGUCAAAACUUUGACUGGUAAGACCAUCACUCUCGAGGUUGAACCUUCUGACACGAUUGAAAAUGUGAAGGCCAAGAUCCAGGACAAAGAGGGUAUCCCCCCUGACCAGCAGCGUCUUAUCUUUGCUGGCAAACAAUUGGAAGAUGGCCGCACUUUGUCAGAUUAUAACAUCCAGAAAGAAUCCACCCUUCAUCUUGUGCUCCGUCUGCGAGGUGGUAUGCAGAUCUUCGUAAAGACCUUGACUGGCAAGACUAUUACCCUGGAGGUUGAGCCUUCGGAUACUAUUGAGAACGUCAAAGCCAAGAUCCAGGACAAGGAAGGCAUCCCCCCUGACCAGCAGCGUCUUAUCUUUGCCGGCAAGCAGUUGGAAGAUGGACGUACUUUGUCAGAUUAUAACAUCCAGAAAGAAUCCACCCUGCACUUGGUACUACGUCUGCGAGGUGGUAUGCAGAUUUUCGUCAAGACCCUCACUGGUAAGACCAUCACUCUGGAGGUUGAGCCAUCUGACACCAUUGAAAAUGUAAAAGCUAAGAUCCAAGAUAAGGAAGGUAUCCCCCCAGACCAGCAGCGUCUCAUUUUCGCUGGCAAGCAGCUGGAAGACGGACGCACUCUUUCUGACUACAACAUCCAGAAAGAGUCAACCCUCCAUCUUGUGCUCCGUCUGCGAGGUGGUAUGCAGAUCUUCGUAAAGACCUUGACUGGCAAGACCAUCACUCUCGAGGUUGAGCCAUCUGACACCAUCGAAAACGUAAAAGCCAAGAUCCAAGAUAAGGAAGGCAUCCCCCCUGACCAGCAGCGUCUUAUCUUCGCCGGCAAACAAUUAGAGGAUGGCCGCACUUUGUCCGACUACAACAUCCAGAAAGAAUCCACCCUGCACUUGGUGCUCCGUCUCCGAGGUGGUAUGCAGAUUUUCGUCAAGACCCUCACUGGCAAGACCAUCACUCUGGAGGUUGAGCCAUCUGACACCAUUGAAAAUGUAAAAGCCAAGAUCCAGGACAAGGAAGGCAUCCCCCCUGACCAGCAGCGUCUAAUUUUCGCUGGCAAGCAGCUGGAAGACGGACGCACUCUUUCCGACUACAACAUCCAGAAAGAAUCCACCCUUCAUCUUGUGCUCCGUCUGCGAGGUGGUAUGCAGAUUUUUGUAAAGACCUUGACUGGCAAGACUAUUACUCUGGAGGUUGAGCCUUCGGAUACUAUUGAGAACGUCAAAGCCAAGAUCCAGGACAAGGAAGGCAUCCCCCCGGACCAGCAGCGUCUCAUCUUUGCCGGAAAACAGUUGGAAGACGGACGCACUCUUUCUGACUACAACAUCCAGAAAGAAUCAACCCUCCAUCUUGUGCUCCGUCUGCGAGGUGGUAUGCAGAUCUUCGUCAAAACUUUGACUGGCAAAACCAUCACUCUCGAGGUUGAACCUUCUGACACCAUUGAAAAUGUAAAAGCUAAGAUCCAAGAUAAGGAAGGUAUCCCCCCAGACCAGCAGCGUCUAAUUUUCGCUGGCAAGCAGCUGGAAGACGGACGCACUCUUUCCGACUACAACAUCCAGAAAGAGUCAACCCUCCAUCUUGUGCUCCGUCUGCGAGGUGGUAUGCAGAUUUUCGUCAAGACCCUCACUGGCAAGACCAUCACUCUCGAGGUUGAACCUUCGGAUACUAUUGAGAAUGUCAAGGCCAAGAUCCAGGACAAGGAAGGCAUCCCCCCUGACCAGCAGCGUCUCAUCUUUGCCGGAAAGCAGUUGGAAGACGGACGCACUCUUUCCGACUACAACAUCCAGAAAGAAUCCACACUACAUCUUGUGCUCCGUUUGCGAGGUGGUAUGCAGAUAUUUGUCAAAACUUUGACUGGUAAGACCAUCACUCUCGAGGUUGAACCUUCUGACACAAUUGAAAAUGUAAAGGCCAAAAUUCAGGACAAAGAGGGUAUCCCCCCUGAUCAGCAGCGUCUUAUCUUCGCCGGCAAGCAGUUGGAAGAUGGCCGCACUUUGUCCGACUACAACAUCCAGAAAGAAUCGACCCUGCACUUGGUGCUCCGUCUCCGAGGUGGUAUGCAGAUCUUCGUCAAGACUCUUACUGGAAAGACCAUCACUCUGGAGGUUGAGCCGUCUGACACCAUUGAAAAUGUAAAAGCUAAGAUCCAAGAUAAGGAAGGUAUCCCCCCAGACCAGCAGCGUCUUAUCUUCGCCGGCAAGCAGUUGGAAGAUGGCCGCACUUUGUCCGACUACAACAUCCAGAAAGAAUCAACCCUCCAUCUUGUGCUCCGUCUGCGAGGUGGUAUGCAGAUCUUCGUAAAGACCUUGACUGGCAAGACUAUUACUCUGGAGGUUGAGCCUUCGGAUACUAUUGAGAACGUCAAAGCCAAGAUCCAGGACAAGGAAGGCAUCCCCCCUGACCAGCAGCGUCUCAUCUUCGCUGGCAAGCAGUUGGAAGACGGACGCACUCUUUCUGACUACAACAUCCAGAAAGAAUCCACACUUCAUCUUGUACUCCGUCUGCGAGGUGGUAUGCAGAUCUUCGUAAAGACCUUGACUGGCAAGACUAUUACUCUGGAGGUUGAGCCUUCGGAUACUAUUGAGAACGUCAAAGCCAAGAUCCAGGACAAGGAAGGCAUCCCCCCUGACCAGCAGCGUCUCAUCUUCGCCGGCAAGCAGUUGGAAGACGGACGCACUCUUUCCGACUACAAUAUUCAAAAAGAAUCCACCCUGCACUUGGUGUUGCGUCUUCGUGGCGGCAACUAACUGAUCUCUUACUAUAUCCUGAAAUUGUUUCUAUUCACAUUCAAAUUUCAAUAUUCUAAUCAUUCCAAUUACAAUAUCUAAUUCCAACAUUUUGAUUUAAUAAAUAUCUUUCACUUCCGAUAGUAA